AUGCCCGGCGGCGGCUCUCCGCUUGCCGAUGCUGUGUCAUGGCUUGCUAUCUACAUGAUGGGAACGUGCUCCAAAGGAAAACCAUACGCCUUAGAAAGUGGCCUUCUGGCAAGAGUUAUCAAAAGCGUCCGCCAAGCGAUUGCAGAUGCACUCGCGAGUCUCAAGGACGAGACCUUGAGCGCUGUCAUGCUUCUGGAAUUUGGAGAAUACCUGUUCGGUCGAAGGCAUGGAGCGGCCAUGCUUCCUCCCAUGUCCCACCAGAGGGGGGCUGAAGCUCUCAUCAGAAAGCGAGGAGGCUUGAAUUUCAAAGACCACAACGCACUUACGUUGCUGGCUGCUGUGCGAAAUAAUGCCGUCAAUUUGGCGCUGGAUGACGGAAAAGGGACAGUCAAUUGGGACUUGUGGAGCAUUCAGGCCGACAUCGAGCGGCUGGGCCAGUCCUGUACUCCUGCAAUGCAACUCGACGCCCACGCUACUAGCGUUGUAGCUCUCCGGGCCGAGUUUGAUCGGGAGAGCGCCUUGCUAUAUACCGAGUCCGUCCAAAUCAUGCGGGAGAGGUUAGUCGAACUUCUGAGUCGUCUAUCCCUGUGGGAAUAUCAAGCGCCGAAAGAUUGGACGCCUCAUAAAGCCAACCGUUUUCAACAUUGUUAUCCUUCACAAGAUAUUGCAUAUCUUUUCAUUCAGUAUUACCUGCUACGAUUUGAAACUAUUCAGCUGAUGCAGGAAUUGAAUGCAAGAGUGAAGACUCCGGACCGUUCAGGGCAUCAAUUUAAUCAUGCUAAGGAUGUGGUCAACAAUAUCGUGGCAGCAGAAGCUUCGCUUUUGACCAAAGGGAAACCAUCCGUGAAAGAAUGUCUCGAGACAUGUCCUGAUAGAGUGGCCGGGAUGCCACAAGCUACAAUCCAGCAAUGCCUGGCAUCUACGAGGGGUGCCCGGCUUCUUGGAAAAGUCCUGACUCGACUGGAAAACGACUUGCGGAGAGCAUUAACCGCUUCAGAAAUACCGAAGGCAACUUCUACCGACUAUUCCGUCUACUUGAAUUGGGUGAGGAGGGAAAGACAGACAAUCACGGAUGCUCUUGGGGCCUGA